AUGGCACCCUCCUCAGAACCCGCCCAGUCGGCGCCCAAGCUCCCCGCCUCGGCAGACUUCAACGCAAUCUACAACAGGAUAUCCCUCGCCUCCGCAAAGCAGACGACGUUCCUCAACUCCAUGCGCGCAAAAUACCCCUCCCUCGCGCGAUCGUCUUCGUCGUUAGCCUCGACUUCCGCACCCGCCAACAACGGCACAUUUUCCUCCCUCGCGAAACCGUCACCCGCGGCAACGCCUACGACCACAACGACCAGCAGAACCCGCGUGGCAGACGACUCCGACCUGCGCUUCGAGAACCCAAACACAGGCCUCGGCUACGCCACGCCCAAAUCCGAGGAGCAGGCUUCCGCGGCAACGCGGGACUUGAGCCGUCGUCUCCUCGGCAAGCGUGGCCGCGAAGUCGACAACAAGACGGCGCAGAAGCGCAGGGUUCAAGAGGAGGAGAGCGAGGAAGAGGAGGGACGGAGCGGACUUGGCCGAAAGAAGAAGACCAAGAGGGUCAGGAUGGAUGAAGAAGAUGUUCCCGAAGCGGGCGAUGUUGUUGUACCAGAUGUCGAGAUGCACCGAGGCGACGCGGAGGCCGGCGUCUCCGAAGCGAGACCUGAAGAUGCCAUACGGUUAGGGGAGGCGGUGGUACCCGAGACAGGCGAAGCCAAAACAAAGAAGAAGAACAAGAAGAAGAAGAAGACGAAGAAGGUGGAUGGUAGCGUCUAA